UGUUUUCCAAUAAGAUUUGCUAGUCAAUCAUUACUUAUUUUAUGGUGUUUUAGGACAGAGAUUCAUUACAAAUAAUCGAUCGGCAAUCAACUUUUUAUAACAUAAUAGACUGGUUUUGCAUCUGUGAUGCUGCAUCAGGGUUUGGCGUGCCGUGUGCACAUGUUCCUUUUGCUCUAAGAAUGAAGAAUGUAACUGUUAAUGAUCUACAGUUGAUUCAUAAAAGGUGGAUUUUAUGCAAUACUGUAGCAAACCAGGUAAGUUUUGACCAAGCGCCAUCACAUAUUACCUCAAAUAUAGAAUUAUUACCUCUCUGUUGUGCCACUCCCAAACAAAGAUUUACUACAGCAAUGAGUUACCUUCAACCAAUAGCCUCUUUGCUCGCUGAGAUGCCACCCAAAAAAUUUGAACUUGCAAUAACCUGGUUAGGAUCUAUUAAUCAACAAUGCAUUUCUGGUGAAUGGGAACUGAUGGUAUGUCAAUGGAUUUUAGAUGCUUUCAGUUUUCAAAUCAUUAAAGAACUGCAUUAGAAAAAUGUUGUGUUUAUUUUAGUUUCAAAGUGAUCCUUGUCUAGAAGUUUUUACACCUGCAGAAGAUCACGGUGAUCCUUGUCUAGGAGGUUUUACAUCUACAGUAGAUCAAAGUGAUCCUUGUCUAGAAGAUUUUACAUCUACAAAAGAUCUAUCAUCAAAAGAAAUUUUAGAAGUUAAAUCACCUUCAAGUGCAGAUCCUAUGAUGACCCCACUUGAAUGCAUAAAUAAAGAAAUAUGUAAAGUAGUCUCUCAAGAGCCACAUAUAAAUUUAGUUUUAAGGCAACCCCAGCGGAAGCUACCUGGUCGUGUAGGUAAAAACAAACAGAGACUUUUUGACAAAGCUAUAAAAGCGUUUGUAAAAUUAGGUAGUUUCGAAAAAGAUCAUAUCCCUCUCUGUUGGUUUGUAAAAAGAACAGUUGCCCUGCAGGUUUUACACGAGAGUGCUAAAAUUACCAGAUUGCUGACCCUAGAGCAAGUCUCGAUGACAUUAAGCAAUAUUUUGUAGAGGAUGCAUGGGCUGAAGUCAUCAAACGGUGUGAAGAUAUGAGGAUUGAAAAAUGGCCAUGUCAAAUAUGCGGGCAGUCUAAGGCAGCUGGAAAAAACCAAAAAUGGCUUCAGUGUGAUCAUUGUUUAGACUGGUCGCAUUAUGUUUGUAUACAAAUAUCUUGCAAACCUAAAGGAUAUUGGUUCU